UUUUGAUAAAUGGAGAAAUUACCAAUCGAGAAAGAUCCUCGAUAUAAAAUAUUACUAAGUAAUUACUCCUUGAAAGUUCAAAGCCAGAGUAAAAUGGAUUUAUGGAAGGUUUCAGGACUGUUCAGUUUCUUCUUUGCUCCUUUUUACACAGUAGCAGCUUCCAUGCAGAUGUCAGUAAAGGCUCAUGAGAAUUUGUAUGGAACUCCUCAGAGAGAUAGGGAUGCUCUAAAAAUGUUUGCUGAAAAGACUGAUAAGAAAAAGAUGCUAGAAAAUUCUGAAGGCAAAUCUUUGGUCAAAUCUGAUUCAAACGCGAAUAUUAAAGUAUUUGAGUCUAAAAGAACCAAAAAGUUAAAGAAACUAGCUGGAUCUGUAGGGAAGAAUGCACCUUAUAGAGCUCCAGUUUAUCAAACAUAUGGUGAAUGCAUAAGGGGUCUCUAUAAGCAAGGAGUUCUAGGAUUUUAUAAAGGAAAUUUAUACAGACAUCAUUACAUGUUGUCAACCAGUCUCUUGCAACUAAAUAUCGCACAUAGAUUAGAAGAUAGGAUUGGAAGCUUCAGAUUCUUCUGCCACUUAUUUGCAGGGAUAACUGCUGAUACACUUUUCCAUCCUUUGCAUUUGAUCGAGUCUCGGUACAUUCUUCAAAACAGAAUUCCUGCUUUUACUAGCUACAAAUCACUUUAUACGUUGGCAUUGGCUACAAGAUUUGACGUAUAUCAAGGGGUGGCAUGACAUAUACCAAAGAAUGUAAUUUUGGCAUUUGGAUAUUUUUCUAUAUUCACAGCAAUGUCUCCAACUAUGUUCUUAAUUAAGGAGCUAGCAAUACAGGCUUUAAUAUAUCCAAUAAUCACAGUGAUGAGGAGAAUAGAAGCUCAAACUGAUAGAGCAGGAAUGAUCCCUCAGAGGUACAUAAAUGCAAGACACUGCCUUGGACUCACUUGGAGAGAAGAAGGAAUUCGGGGGUUAUAUAGAGGAUUUACAAGCUUCUCAAUAGGGAUGACCUUGUUCCUUGCUUUGGUUCCAUUAACUGCAUAUUUAGGAUCAUUGAAUAACCCAGUAAUGGGCUUUAGAGAUCCUGACGAGGAGUAAAACAU